UCAGUGUGCCCGACGGAGACUUCUUCUUCGACUUUGUGAGGCAUCUGACGGACUGGAUCAAGAAAGCUCGGCAUGUGAAAGAUGGUGUCUUGCCUUCUCUGACGUAUCAGGUGUUCUUCAUGAAGAAGCUGUGGACCAACACCACGCCGGGAAAAGACACGAUGGCCGACUCCAUCUUCCACUACUACCAGGAGCUCCCUAAGUACCUGCGGGGUUACCACAAGUGUCUGAAGGAGGAGGUGCACCAGCUGGCCGCUCUGAUCUACAGGGUGAAGUUUGAGGACGAUAAAUCUCACUUCAUCAACAUCUCUAAGAUCCUGAAAGACCUCGUCCCUCAGGACCAGAUCCGACACCUGUCCCCCGACGACUGGAAGAGGUCCAUCAUGUCUCUGUUCAACAAACACUCGGGGAAAUCUCGAGAAGAAUCCAAACUGUCCUUCCUCAAAAUCAUCUACAAGUGGACCACGUUUGGCUCAGCCUUCUUUGAAGUCAAGCAAACAACUGAUCCAAAUUACCCAGAAACCCUCCUGAUAGCAAUCAACAAACAUGGAGUCAGUCUCAUUGAUCCUAAAACUAAGGACAUCCUCACCACUCACCCCUUCACUAAGAUCUCUAACUGGAGCAGUGGAAACACGUAUUUCCACAUCACCAUCGGGAACCUGGUGCGCGGCAGCAAGCUGCUCUGUGAGACCGCUCUGGGUUAUAAAAUGGACGACCUGCUGACCUCGUACAUCAGCCAGAUGCUGACGACGAUGACCAAACAGAGAACGUCCCGGGGCAACAACAAGUGAUCCAUUCACCGUCACACACACACACACACACACACACACACACACACACACACACACACACACACACACACACACACACACACACACACACACACGGCAACAAGAGGCACUUAUCCCAUACACUCCUGUGUGAUUUGAACCAAGACAAAGGUUAUUGAGGAGGUUUUUUGGUGUUUCAUUUGUUAUUAAUGCAUCGGCCCCUGUCUUAAAAACUCACAUAUUGCCUUUAAUUGAAGUUUCCCCACCUGUAACACGGCAAUUUGGAUUAUUAUAAACUGUUUAUAUUAUCAGAUGUUUUAUUUACAAUGCCAUUCAAAGGUUAGAAAUCUACUGCAACACAAUCGUUUUUAUUCAAAGGAAAGGAUUAUUACAAUAGCUAAUUCCAAACGUUUAUCAUAUUAUCAGAGUUUUCUUAAUUAAUUAUCCAUUUCAUGAAACAGGGUUUUAAUUCAACUUUUUUUGAGACAGAAUUCAGAGAAAUAAGACCAGAAAUAGUUGGAAAAUCCCCCGAAACAGAAGUCUAUUUGUUAGUUUGUGUUUGUUUUGUGAAGUAGCAUUUUCAAUUCUCUAUUUAUGCUCAGAGAUAUUACAAGUUUACCAAACCAGCAUUAAAUAUAAAGUCACUUCUGAAACCUAAGAUGUAGACCAUCAGAUCUCAUGUAGUGUUUUUUCUUUUAGGAGAUACAUUGACAGUUUUUGCAGACAAACUUAAAGGUGGGGUAGGUAAUUCACUUCAGAAACACUUUUUGUUAUAUUCCAUGGAAUG